CCCCCCACAGAUGCCUCCUGGUGCCCUGAUUGGCUGGAGUGAUGUGUGACCUAGAUGACUUGGCCGGCCAAUCACUGGACCAUGUGAGUAGGCUGAAGGGUGCGCCAACACUGUUUCUACCAGAGCACGAAAGCAGGUGGAAGACGGGAGAGGGAGGAGAGGAAGAGAUUGAAGAGAGGGGGGAAAGAGGAGGAAUGGGAGUCGGUAAAAACACCACCUCCAAAUCCAUGGACUCCGCAGCAGAGACCAGCAAGUAUGAGGAGGAGAGCAAACACGCCGCAGAUUUCUACCCCAUCCCCGUGGUGGUUAACGGGUUGGGACAAGCCACUGGAGAUCAGGACACAGAGGACACUGAGCUCAUGGCCAUUUACGCCAGAGAGAACCAAGGAGCCAAAAAGAGCUCCAUAUCGGAGACGGUGGAUAGCACAGACAGUGUGGAUGCCAGGAGAAGUGACAUGAUCUACACGAUUGAAGACACCCCACCAUGGUACCUGUGUGUGUUUCUGGGAUUACAGCAUUACUUGACGUGCUUCAGUGGAACUAUUGCAGUGCCUUUCAUGUUGGCUGAAGCCAUGUGUGUGGGAUUUGACCAAUGGGCGACGAGUCAGCUUAUUGGAACCAUCUUCUUCUGUGUGGGCAUCACCACGCUGCUUCAGACCACUUUCGGCUGCCGGCUCCCCUUAUUCCAAGCCAGCGCUUUUGCAUUCCUUGCACCUGCUCGAGCAAUCCUCUCCCUGGACAAAUGGAAAUGUAACUCAACAGCUGUUCCAGUUAUAAAUGGUACAGAACUCCUACAUACAGAGCACAUCUGGCACCCACGGAUACGGGAGAUCCAGGGGGCCAUAAUCGUGUCUUCGCUGAUAGAGGUGUGUAUCGGAGCUCUGGGUUUACCGGGACUCUUGCUGAAGUAUAUUGGACCUCUGACCAUCACUCCCACCGUGGCCCUGAUCGGCCUGUCAGGCUUCCAGGCGGCCGGAGAAAGAGCGGGCAAACACUGGGGCAUCGCCAUGCUGACCAUCUUUCUAGUACUGCUGUUCUCCCAGUAUGCUCGUAAUGUCCAGCUGCCCUUCCCCGUCUACAAAGCCAAGAAAGGUUGGACGGCUUACCGCCUCCAGCUCUUCAAGAUGUUCCCGAUCAUCAUGGCAAUCCUGGUGUCGUGGUUCUUGUGCUUCAUUUUCACCGUGACUGAUGUCUUCCCUCCUGAGAGAGGCCAGUAUGGUUUCUACGCCCGCACAGAUGCCAGGCAGGGGAUACUGGCAGCCGCUCCGUGGUUUAAAAUCCCCUACCCCUUUCAGUGGGGCCUUCCCACGGUGACGCUGGCCGGGGUGAUUGGCAUGAUGAGCGCGGUGGUCGCCAGCAUCAUCGAGUCCAUCGGCGACUAUUACGCCUGUGCCCGUCUGUCCUGUGCCCCUCCACCACCUGUGCACGCCAUUAACAGGGGUAUUUUUAUUGAAGGUUUGUCCUGUGUGCUGGACGGCUUGUUUGGCACAGGAAACGGUUCCACGUCUUCUAGCCCAAACAUUGGAGUACUGGGCAUUACUAAGGUAGGCAGUAGGCGGGUGAUUCAGUAUGGGGCGGCGCUGAUGCUGCUGCUGGGCUUGGUCGGAAAGUUCAGCGCUCUCUUUGCCUCUUUGCCGGACCCAGUCCUGGGGGCUCUGUUCUGUACGCUGUUUGGUAUGAUCACAGCCGUGGGCCUAUCCAACCUGCAGUUCGUCGACCUCAACUCCUCCAGGAACCUGUUCGUCCUUGGCUUCUCCAUGUUCUUUGGCCUGGUGUUGCCUAGCUACCUCAAACAGAAUCCUCUGGUCACUGGUAUCGUAGAAAUAGACCAAGUUUUGAAUGUUCUCCUGACGACUGCCAUGUUUGUGGGAGGUUCAGUGGCAUUUGUGCUGGACAACACCAUCCCCGGCACUCCGGAGGAGAGAGGAAUCCGUAAGCUGAAGCGCGGGGGUCUCAGCGCCGCCGAACUCGAGGGGAUGCGUUCCUACGACCUUCCGUUCGGCAUGGACUUCCUGCGACGUCACCGCAUCUUCCAAUACGUUCCGAUCAGCCCCACGUUCGCCGGUUACCAGUGGGGCACCUUGGGGCGGGGCUGCGCGAGGCGGAGCAGCGGCAGGGAAGAGGGCGUGGCCACGACACUGAGCGGGGAAAGCGGGGUAUAGCAGUUGGGGGGGGGAAGGGCUGUGGGCGGGGUUAUAUGGACGAGAGAGAGAGAGAGAGAGAGAGAGGGGACGACACCAGUACGAUUUUUUUCUUUUUUUUCCCGAUGCCUCUUCGACUUGACGUUUCGAUCAGUGGUGACAAACAGUGUGUCAGAUGGUUUCAUACUCUCUUCUCCUCUCGGUGAUACAUGCAACUGUUACUCUCUUCUAGAUGGAGUUUACUCACCAUGGAAACUAUACACUUAGUCUCAGUGGUUCAAAUACACAGACACAGUUACACAUUCUCUUUUGAGUGGUCUGCACCUCAGUCAGAACCUUUCAACAGCAUCUGUUUUGCUAUUUUUCUUUUUCUUUCGUAAGCUAUACACUAAACAGUUCUUCAGAUUGCCAAGUUACUGUUUUAGACACACGCUGUUUAUUCUCACCACUGCUGAAUCUUGAAGUCGGAGCUAAUUUUAGGGCAUCUCCAUGGCAACGCUGUGGGGGUGUGAUGCAUAUUGUGCUGGUGUGAUGGCCCCUCUGUAGGAGGACAGGCGGACAGAGAUUGAUAGAUGAAAAUCAUGUCGCUCACUGAGCAAAAAGUUUCAAAGCUGAAUUGAGACAGUUUUCCCUUUUUUAGCAAACCUGCACUGCUCGGUAUGCAAAACGGAAUCAUGGGAAUUGUAGUUUAAUUUUUUUUUUUUUGUAGGGACGUCUGUAUAGCUUGGCUAGGAUUUUGCACCCAUGGAAACAGGUUUAUUAUGCCUCUUAAAACACACACACACACUCACACUCUAUAUGCAUGCAGGUGGCUGAUAUCCCGCUAAUGCAUACACUUGUCUUAGCAAUGCAAAAUAUUAUUGUUAUUAUUAUUAUUAUUAUUACUUUUUACACUGCUCGUAAAAUGCAAAAAAAAAAAAAACAGGGGCACCAACUAGAAUAUCCAGACUCACUCACUGUAAUAUCCCACUGACAAACGGCGUAUUUUACAGAUGAUCGACAGAUUAAGGCAGAGGCGGGGGGGGUAUGCCAAGUGUAAAUAGCUGCCAUUCUCAGUAUGUAAGAGCCAGUGAUGCAUGGAAUGACUCAAUCCCAAGCUGCACCCCCCCCCCAAAUAAACCCCUAAAACAACAGCUCUUCAAUAGCAAUCACGUACAAGUCACCUACCGAACCAAAUGAGUCUGAUCAUGCCACUUUAGACCCGUCUUCUACGAACAUCGGGGAUCUCGGACCUCGCGUUUAAAAAAAAAAAAAAGAAGCGACGCCCUCGCUUCGGCGAUGUGAGACGCCGUCUGGACGUCGACCGCUUUAGCUUCCGCCCCUCAAAAAAAGAAACAAAACUUUGUCGUUUUAUGCAAAUUCGCUCUCUCUUAUCUGAAAUCUUGUGUGUCAGACUAUAUUGUUGCUGUCAACGGUCAGAGGGUAUUAGUGGCUGGAUGCAGAAAUAUGCAAUUGUUAUUGAAAUCGUAUUGGUUAAACAACAGUGCAAGGUUUGCGAAAGAAGGAAGUGAGGGAGGAAAAGGGGAUGCAAAAAAACAAUCGAUCUUUGAAUUUAGAGAAGAAGAAGAAAAUAAAAAGUCUUUCUUUAGAAGCUUUGAAAACUUUUGCAUUUUACGCAGCCAGGAAAGAAAGCAAGCAUAAGCAGGACAGAAGAGAACAACAACAAAAAAAGAAGAAGUGAUUUUAUCUAUCUAUCUAUGUAGAGUCCAGAUCUGUUCUCAAACUUUUCUUAAUUUGUCCUUUGAUAAAAGGUGCCAGUUCUUCACUGCUGUUCAGUUCAAGUGAACAUUGUAUCAUUUAAGGCAACGCAGCAUGGGGGAGGCGG